AUGGACUCGUACAAGGGCGGCGGCGAGGCGAGGCGGGUGAUCAACGUGGUGUAUUUCCUGAGCCGCGGCGGCAGGACGGACCAGCCGCACCUCUUCCGCGUCAACCUCAGCCACCUCCACCGCGCCGGCGUGCGCCUCCGCGAUGUGAAGAGGUGGCUGUCGGAGGUCCGCGGCAAGGACAUGCCGGGCAACUUCUCAUGGUCUUACAAAAGGAAGUACAAGUCUGGGUAUGUAUGGCAGGACCUGCUGGACGAUGACCUCAUCACCCCCAUCUCCGACAACGAGUACGUGCUCAAGGGCUGCGACGUGCGGCGAACCCCUCCUCCAGCCGUCGCGGUCGCGCCGAAGCCUUCCUCCUUAGACGAGAAGAAACUGAACCGCAAGGGAAGUUGGGAGCGGAAGCAGGUGGAGGAGGUGGUCCAGGUGCAGGUGACGCGGGACUACGACGAGGGCUCCCCGAAGCCGCCGCCGCCGAUCGACCAGGCCUCUCCCGUCGGCGCCGAGGGCGAUCCGGCUCCUUUCAGGAUCGUUCUGCCGCAGGACCUUCUGCAGCCAAAGCAGCGCCGGCAGCGAGAAGCGGCGGUGAGAAGCACAACCAAAUCCACCGACCAGCAGCAGCAGCAGGCGUUGGUGCUGGCGGCGCGGCCGGCCGCGGCGGCAAUGGGCGGCGAGAAGCAGCAGCGCCCGGCGGUGGGGACGGCGCGGAGGGUGCGCAUGGCGCAGGUGCUCCACAGCAUCCUGACGUGCGGCGCGGCCGACGGCGUCGACGACGCCGCGCACCGGCCCGUCGUCCCGCGGCAGCGCGUUGACGACGACGACGGCUGGCAGCGCACGCCCUUCUGCCCAGGCAUGGACGGCUGCGGCAUCAGCAUGAGCAGGAAGGUGAAGCUGCAGCGAGGCGGAGGCGGGAAAGACGGCAAGGCGCAGCGGGACGGCGGGAGGCGAGACCGCGUCGCUGCCGCUCACAAGCCGGCAACUCUGCCGCGUUGCUCGCAAUGCGGGAAGGGUUUCAAGCCGCAGGAGCUGCACUCGCACAUGCAGUCGUGCAGGGGUUUGAGGGAGAGGAUGAGGAGCAGCGCGCGCAUGAGCGUCGACAGGAGCCGGAGCUCCACCGCCAAGGCCGACCACUCCUCUAAGGAUCGAGCACACAGUGUGUUCCUCCUCACCGAGUCGUGA